AGACAGAGGGAGUCAAAGCCUCCCGGUCCAGCCGUCCCAUUUUACUGCUUAACUCAGCCUGGAGUGUCAGAACCCAUCUCUGCCUGCCUUCUCUGUGCUUUGCACAGUGAGGCCAGUCGCUCCCAACGGCCAGCCCACUGAGUGGAACAGGGGUGUAGGGUGAACCAGCAGGGCUCUGCCCAUUGGGGUGACUUUCUAACAUUAUCUCUAGUGUAUUUUAACAGUACAGCGCUUGUGGUGGGACUCAGAGAGGGAGAAGCUUUGAUUGCUUUUUAAAAUCUUUUAUUUUAUUUUAUUUUUUGGCUUCUUUUUCUUCUGGUGAUCUGGAUUUGUUUCCUCGGGCCCCUCCCCUUGUUCCGUUCUUUCUCACUCCCGCCUUUGGCGAAGUGACACAGGCGACACCUGCUCGCUUGUGUCUGCUGCUGGAACUCGCACCUCCAAGGUGGUGAAGGUGCUGGCGCGCUCGUGACUUGGGGGGACAGCAGAGGGGUUCCCUCCCUUGGAGCACACGAUGCGGAGAGUGGCGGCGGGUGGGAUGCGAGGAGCUCGACCGGCUGCACUUGGAGGCGCGAUCGAGGGGCUGCAGCUGGCCGGGAGUUGCUGCUAAGUGGACGCGACUCGACGGCGCCCAGGUGUCCGAGAGGGCACCCGCGGGACCCGAGUGCGAGCUGCGGGAACGCAGGCGUCUCCCGGGGCGGACGCCGGCCGAGCGCACGGCCCGCGAGCCUGCUCAGAACCGCUCCACACCGGGAGCCUGCAGACCUGGGAGAGCCGGGGAACUCGAGGAGUGUGCUCGGCGGCGGAGGCUGCUCUGCUGAAGGUGAAUCACCGCGUCCAAUUGCCUUUCCCUAGAGAACCCGGGGGAGGGCGGGAGAGGGGGAACGUGUGAGCGCGCGCGUUUGUGUGCAAGGGAGAGAGCCGACGCGGGGCGAGAGGAAAAGUCCUCGCUCGCCGCUCAAAGCAAACAAAUCGGAGAUGGAAUAAGAGCGGCGGUGGCUGGAGCCCGCCUGGAUCCUCGCAGUCGCGGGAGCCGAGCGCACCACCGCGCGCAGCGCAUCGCCGGGGACAGCGGGCGACCGCGGGCGCCGCCGGGGGCUGCGGAGACUUUGGCUCUCCCCCUCGGUCGACGACCCUUCCGAUUACUUUGACACUGUGGGAUAAAGAGCAGAGCCCAGAGACCGACCUCGCGCUCUGCACCUUCCUUUUGCUUCGGGGAAGGGGGACCCCAGCUUGUAGGUGAAGACACUGCCGAACCCCCCUUUAGCCUUCGGAGGAGGCGGCACUCACACUCGCUCGCCCUCGGCGAACACACACCGGCGGACUUGAGGUCCCUAUGCCCCUGGAUGGUGCCAGCGGACCGGCAUCUGGGAAGCGAUGCAGGAGCGGUGAGGCUGGCGUCGGCCCGCGGAAGCUACCGGACCAUCGCUAGGUGCUGCCGCCACCGGGACGCCCGGCUGCAGGGUCUCUCACUGGACGUGGAAAUAAGCUGGUGACCAGCAGGCCCUAGCGCCUCUGUCCAGUGACAGUUACAGGAGCACAGGACCAUGCUGCCCAUCAGUUUUACGUGGACACUGGGAAUGAACUGGCACCUGUGCUUGUGCAGCGAGGGCUCUUACCCACUGCGCUGUCUCUUCAGCUUGCAAUGAGUAUCUAUUCAGUGAAUGAUCACCAAGAUGAAUAAGAGAUACUUGCAGAAAGCAACACAAGGAAAGCUUCUGAUAAUUAUUUUUAUAGUGACCUUGUGGGGGAAAGCCGUUUCCAGCGCCAACCAUCACAAAGCUCACCAUGUUAGAACUGGGACUUGCGAGGUUGUGGCGCUGCACAGAUGCUGUAAUAAGAACAAGAUAGAAGAACGGUCCCAAACGGUCAAGUGCUCCUGCUUCCCUGGGCAGGUGGCAGGCACUACCCGAGCUGCUCCGUCUUGUGUGGAUGCAUCCAUAGUGGAACAAAAGUGGUGGUGUCAUAUGCAGCCAUGUCUGGAGGGAGAGGAAUGUAAAGUCCUUCCAGAUCGCAAAGGAUGGAGCUGUUCCUCUGGAAACAAAGUAAAAACAACUAGGGCAAACGUGUAAAACUCUUCACGUUGGAAUGGAGAAAUAGAAAGAGAAGGUUUCUGCUGUGCCUGAUGACAAUUUUUGAUUUUCCACAUUCAAAGUUAUUCUGGCUCCACGCUGGAGCAGUAGUUAUGGCGAAUCCUAGUGUUGGUCGGAUUCUGAGGAAGGGGCAGAAGUUUCCUUGAGAAGUAAAGAUUCCAAACAACUCCAGAAAUGAGCGCCUGUCUCCUUUCAUUUCUCACAGAGCAGCAGGUAACCCAUUAACCACUCCUAAAUCAAAUAAUACUCAUGGCUGGGUUCAUGGAGACACAAGAAUAGAAACUGGACUCCUGCAGUGACCUUGAAGAUUUUUAUACUGCUUAGAAGAGACAUUUAAAAUCCAUUUCCAAGGAAUUCUAUGGCUUUUCAUCUACUCCUUAGUGAAGCUAAGACUUUACACACGUCUAAAGUGAACUUUGGGUCCUGAAGACUUCAUCAGCUGUGAACUAAAGCUUGGCUCACAACACUUCUGAGGGAAGGGGACACUGUUCUCCACGGAGCUGGGAUAGAGUUGGUUUUCUGGGGUGACACCAGAGACUGUCACCUUUAAGGUUCCUUGCUUCAGCUGUGGCUGUUCUUGUGUCUGAAGCUACUUCCCAAGCUCACUGUCCUGUCAUUGAUGUGCUCCUGGCUCUUUUGUUCCUUGUCUAGUAGGGCUCUGCGCAGCUUUGAUGACGUUCCCUUUGCAAACUCUUCCGGCAUGGCAUAGACAGAGGCAAUUAUAUUGGUAUUCUAACCUUGAAACUCUGAACGCCUACAUGUUUUAAUGUCUUACUCUUGCCUCUGUGAAAGGAAUAGAAGUAUUUACCCAUUGAUAAUGAUAAUCAUUGGCAAAUCACAGUGAUCUGAAUAUAUCCCUCAUAUAAGAAUGUGUAGGCGACCUGACACAUUUACCCAAGGCUAACAUGUGACUGCAGCUCUCUGAGGGUUGAACAGAUAGCAGUUAGGAUUGGAUUCUGAUUCCCAUUACACAGUGCUCUGUGCCUCUAGUGCACCCUUCCUUCCAGGGUUGUUUUUUGUUUUUUUGUUUUUUUUUUAAGUGUACUUUCCUUUUUAUAUUUCCUUUUACUUUAUUUCACAGAACUCAUCAGUGUACAGUCAAGUUAGCAGAGAGCUUUUGAUUUAAAAAAAUAAAAUAAAACCCGCCAGGGAUGCAUGUACUUCUCUGAUUUCUCAUCACUUCCAUUUUUCUUUCUGUCUCAUUUUAAGAUCGUCUCUUGCUCGAUCCCAAUGACUGCUUGAAUGCUUAUAUAUUUGUUCAGUCUAUGGAUAGAAAAAACAAAACCUGUUGAUUUUCCUUGACCACAAAGGUCUAACUACUCACUUAUGGUUGUUCCAUUCAAACAAUUCUUGGCCAGUAUUUUGUCCAUAUUUUCACACCCUAAAACUUGUGAUUUUUGGUUCUUCGUGGUUUUUCUUACAAAUAUUUAAAGGCCUUAAACAUUGAUUUACCUUUUUCUAAGUUAUUACAGAAUGUAUAAUUUUGUACGGCGUUUAUUUUGUUUCACUUGUGAUGUGGGUGAACUUCGGAACAGUGGGUACUGAGUUGCCACCGUAUAAUAAUAAUACCAUGUAAACCUAUAGUUUGAAGGCAUAUAAAAGCAAGGGUUUUCCAUGUCUUAAUUAUUUUAGCUUGAUCAAAAGAUGUUUCACUGAUCAUCCUAUUAGGUGGUCCAUCAUUUUAGUAAAAGAGUGAAGAUGUUUGGGACUUCUUGUAUUUCUAGAACUCACUGACAAAGCCAGUUAACCUUAGGUUGGUUUCUAGGGUGGAGGUUCAUAUAUUCUAGAGGAGAAUUUGUAUCUGUUAGUCUGUAACAAUACUCAAAGGGUCGCAUAGUAACUAGGACCUUUGGUGGGAAGAACAGCUAAAAGUGCAAAAAUCUGUUAAAAAAUUAAAUUGGAAAAUGACACUUUUAAUAUUGAUUGAAAGUCAACUGCCUCAUGAAACUGUGGGACAAAGUGAUUCCUGACUCACUUUUAAUUGCAUAAAACCAACUGGGUGGUUCUACAUGGGUUUUGUAAUGGGUCAGUUCUACAGAGUCAAAAAUGUAAGGAGUAACAGUUAUGUUGGACUUUCUCUGUCAAACAAAUUAUCACUACUUUCUUUGGUACAAAAUGAAAAACUAUCAUUUUGUAUAUUAUGAGUUUAUCCUAGGUUGGUUUGAAAUUAUGGAUCAUGCUUCUCAUUGCGAAAUCUAUGUCAUUUAAAACAACACUGGAAAUUCUGUAUUAUAUAAAAGUGUAAUACAUGCAUAUGAAUAGAAAAAAAUAAAUGGAAUUUCAAAUAUAUGAACUAGAAUAUUCCCAGUAGAUUAAUGUUGUGACUAUUCAGAAAAAAAUAAAUAAAAUUGGAAUAUAAAAUAGACACUCACUUUCACAAGUACAAUUUGGAAAAUCUGAUUUCUUGUAUCUUAUUUUAAAAGUACCCUAGUUAGUAACCAGUACAACUCUGAAAUUAGAUGGAAACUGACAAAUUUUUCAAUCCUCUUUUAAUAAAAUUCUGUGCUUAACUUUCCAUU